CUCUUGCGACUUUAUAUUAUGACAAAUUGACUAUGGGAUGAGCACUUAUGCCCAAUUUGUCAACCGGUCUUCGUUUAUCUUUGACUUUCCCAGCUCUAGAAUGAGACCGCGCAGAACCCAAAGCCGGCUCGUGCACCAUGAUUAUGUUAUGGUUAUUCUCUUUAGAGAAGCUCUCCAUUUUCCCAUGAUUAAAAAUGGGUUUUUUGCUGUUUCUCUCAUGGUGGUGCUUCUGCAUAUUUUCAGCCUCUCACCCUUCAACAGCAGCGACAGUUUCGGACAGCUUGACGAAGAAUCAGGUGCUUAAAGAUGGCCAAACCCUAGUCUCCUCUGGGCAGCGCUUUGAGCUUGGGUUCUUUAGCCCGGGCAGUUCUAGCCAUAGGUACUUGGGCAUUUGGUACAAGAAUAUCACUAUCACCGUGGUCUGGGUCGGCAACAGAAAUAACUCAAUAACUGACCUACCAGGAUCACUGUCAAUGGGCUCAAAUGGAUUCUCACUUUUGGCUAAUAAUUCAGGGACCAUUUGGUCUGUGAAUUCCACCAGGGUGCUAGAGAGCCCCAUUUUGCAGCUCUUGGACAAUGGGAAUCUUGUUUUGAGAGAGGAAAACAAUCAUGAUCCAGAGGGGUAUGUCUGGCAAAGUUUUGAUAACAUAACCGACACCUUGUUGCCAGGUAUGAAGCUAGGUUGGAACCUGAAAACCGGCCUGUACCGGAAUAUGACAUCAUGGUUGUCCGCGGAUGAUCCAUCUGCCGGAGACUAUAGUUUCAGCCUAGACUCACCUGAGACACCUCAGCUUGUGCUCAGCAAAGGGACCCAGAAGCAGUACAGGUGGGGUCCUUGGGAUGGAGUCAGGUUCAGUGGCAGCAAUGAGCUGAAGUCCAACCCUGUCUUCGUACCCAUGUUCAAUUCAAGCCGUGAUGAAGUUUAUUACACAUUCGAGGUUGUAGAUCAGGCGUCGCUUUUGUCAAGGUUUGUGGUGACUCAAGACGGCUUGAUUCAGUACCUAACAUGGGGUAAGAGCAACAAUGAGUGGGUGGCCGUGGUGAACCUUCAGAGGGACAGUUGUGAUAGGUAUGGGACGUGUGGGCCCUAUGGGAAUUGUUACAAUGAUGGCCCUAGCUGUAAAUGCUUGAAAGGUUUUACGCCAAAGUCGCCGGAGGACUGGUCGAGGAUUGAUUGGUCAGGUGGCUGUGUGAGGAACUGGGACUUGGAAUGUGAAAAUGGAGAUGGGUUUGUCAAGUAUGGAGGAAUGAAGUUGCCUGAUCAUUCACAUUUGGCGGCUAGUAGGAAUUUGAGCCUUGAGGAAUGCGAGGCCGAGUGUUCGAGGAAUUGCUUGUGUAUGGCUUUUACUUUAAUAGAUAUCCAUGGAAAUGGGGGAGACUGUGUGAUGUGGUUUGCUAAUUUGGUUGAUAUGAGAAACUUUCCCAGUGGUGGGGAUGAUCUCUAUAUACGAAUGGCUAAAAAGGAAUUAGAGUCAAUUGCUGAUGCUAAGAGGAAUAAACGAGUGAAGAUGAUUAUCAUCAUUGUCGUAUGCGCAAUUACUGGGAUGCUUCUAUUUGGUGGCAUUGGCUGGUGUACUUUUCGAAUGAUAAGAGCAAAGAGAAGAGGAGAAAGCUUAAACAAUCCCUAUAGAGAUUUCAUAGAAGAAACUCAGGAGGAAGACCUUGAGCUGCCUCUUUUUAGUCUGGAGACUCUAUCAACUGCUACCAACGAGUUCUCUUUUAGAAAUAAGAUUGGACAGGGCGGCUUUGGGCCUGUCUACAAGGGUUUGCUACCAAACAGACAAGAAAUUGCAGUGAAGAGGCUCUCUCAGGAUUCAGGACAAGGUCUUAGAGAGUUUAAGAACGAAGUUAUCUUGAUUGCAAAACUUCAACACCGGAAUCUUGUUAAGUUUUUAGGAUGCUGCAUUCAUGACGAAGAAAGGAUGCUAAUCUAUGAGUACCUUCCGAACAAAAGCUUGGACUCCUUUCUCUUUGAUCCAACUAGAAGGAAAUUACUGUCCUGGAACAAGCGCUUUCACAUUAUUUUGGGAAUCGCACGAGGACUGCUUUAUCUUCACCAAGACUCCAGGCUAAGAAUCAUCCAUAGGGAUCUCAAAGCAAGCAACAUAUUACUAGAUAGUGAGAUGAACCCCAAGAUCUCAGACUUCGGAAUAGCAAGAAUUUUUGGAGCAGAACAGACGCAGGAAAGGACCAAGAGAGUAAUUGGGACAUACGGUUACAUGUCACCAGAAUAUGCAAUGAGCGGACACUUUUCAGUGAAAUCCGAUGUCUUUAGCUUUGGCGUGUUAGUGUUGGAGACGAUAAGCGGGAAGAAAAACUGGGGAUUUUGGCACCCUGACCAUGACCUCAACCUGCUUGGACAUGCAUGGAAAUUGUGGAAUGAAGGGAUUCCAUUGGAACUGGUGGAUGCAGUGAUGGAGGAGCCAUACUCUGUAAAUGAAGUUGUCAGAUGCAUACAAGUUGGUCUUUUGUGCGUACAGAAACGUGUGGAAGACAGGCCAACGAUGUCGUCUGUGUUGCUAAUGUUGGCAAAUGAGAAUGCAAUUGUGCCUCAACCCAAAGAACCUGGUUUUUGUGUAGAAGGUUCCUCUAAGGGAAUGGAUACAUCAUCGAGCGGAAAAAAUCCACAUACAGCUAAUGAGCUGACUAUCACAAUGUUAGAUGGACGUUAGAACAAGCGGAUUUGAACCUCUUUCAGAAAAAAAUAAAAUAAAAUAAAAAAUAAAA